AUGGACAACGACUACUUCUCCAUCGAUGCUAUCCUUGCUGAAAACCAGAAGAUUCAAUGCACGUUCAAACUAGACAUCCCAGACAUGGGUCAUCUCGGAGGCGGGAAUGAGCGUGAUAUCAAAGCUCUCUCAAAGGCACCAAUCCCUAUCUGGCUAGCCUACAUAUUGCUCUACUCGGACUGGGCGGACUUCAGUAUACCACAACCCUUUGGGGCUCGUGUGCGCAACGCCCUUAAUGCUGAGCCGAAGAGCGUCAAGUUGUCCGGUCUUGUGGGCCAAGGCGGUCACUGGUAUGGCUUCGGAAAGAUGAUCAUGGACAUACUUAGUGACGAACAAGCAAAUGAGAUGUCCGAACUUCUCAUCAAGGCGUUUAAAGGGCGCUUAGUCGAAGUUAUAGACCAAGCUCAACAUUUUGCCGCCCUCGGAGGCUCAGGAGGCGGUGGCUCCUCAAUAUCGGGAGACAGUGCCCUGUCGUUCCGCGAGGGCCUUGAUGGCGCUGAACGGGAAUUGUUUGCUUUGGCGCAGGAGAGCGUUAAAAUGACCAAGAGGUGGUACGAAGGAAACGAUAGGGCCAGGAGAUGA